AUGAAAAUUAUAACAAAUUCAUCAGUCAAUGAAUUCUUAAAUAAAACAUUAACUCGUGAUUCUCUACAUGAUAAAUUCUUACCUACUUUAUUAUCAAGUUUAACCAAUUAUGCAUUAAAUCCAAAUGAAAUAGUUCCACCUCGAACAGUUCAGUCAACAAAUAAUCCCAAGGCAAACAUUUCCCAUAUUUAUAUGCCAUGUAUUUCUCCAAAUGAAGUAGGAAUAAAAAUAAUUAGUGGUGGUCCAUCAAAUAAUGAAAAGGGAUUGGGUUUCCAAGGUUGUGUAUUAAUUUUAAAUGAAUUGACGGGUGAAUUACAAGGUAUUUUAAAUGCAACAACAUUAACUGCUUUCAGAACAGCAUUGGCUAGUUGUCUAGGACUAGUUAAAAUUAUAGAAUCUCAAAGUAUCUUACCUGAAUUGUGUGUCUUUGGUGUUGGUUUGCAAGCAUAUUGGCACGUUAAACUAUCACUAUUAUUAUAUCCACAAGUUAAACAAGUCAACAUUAUAAACAGAACUUUAAAAAAUGCUCAACUGUUAUCUCAAAAACUUGCAUCUGAAUUUGCAAGUAUCAAUUUUAAUGCAUUUUCUUAUGAAGAUGAGAAUAUAUUUAUAAAUCAUGUUAGAAAUAGUUCAAUUAUAUUCGGUUGUACUCCGUCAACAACACCAAUCAUAAAACAAAAUUAUAUUAAUAAAGAUAAGAAAUGGCCAGUUUUCAUAUCUUUAAUUGGAUCAUAUAAGCCACAUAUGAUUGAAUUGGACCUUAAAGUUAUAAAUGAAUUAAAAUCAAUGCAUGUUUCAAUUAUUGUAGAUUCUAAAGAACAUACAUUAGCUGAAUCUGGUGAAUUGAUUCAAUCUAACUGUACUAAGGAGGAUUUAAUUGAAAUUCAUGAAUUAUAUAAAAGUGAUAAUUUUAAAGUUAGAGAUGUUGAUACAAAUUUAACUGUUCAGAAAAUUGUUGGAUUGUCUGUUAUGGAUUUGUCUAUCGGUAAAUUGAUUUAUGAAGAAAUAGGUCAAGAUGCUGUUGAAAUGGACAAUUUUUGA